AUGAUCACUCAUACCAAAGAGCGUCUUUUUAAAUGUGAAAUAUGCAAUCAGACAUUCACACAAAAAGGACUUAUGAAAUUACACAUGGUUAUUCAUACCAAAGAGCAUCUUUUCAAAUGUGAAAUAUGCAAUAAGACAUUCACACAAAAAGGUAAUUUGAAAUCACACAUGAUCAGUCAUACCAAAGAGCGUCUUUUUAAAUGUGAAAUAUGCAAUCAGACAUUUGCACGAAAAGGUAGUGUGAAAUUACAAAUGCGUAUUCAUACAGGAGAACGCCCUUUCAAAUGUCAAAUAUGCAAAAAAGCAUUCAAACAAUCUGGAGACUUGAAUAAGCACAUGCGUAUUCAUACAGGGGAACGCCCUUUCAAAUGUGAUACAUGCAAUAAGGCAUUUGCGCGAUUGGGCGGCUUGAAGAAUCACAAGGUGGCUGUUCAUAAUGGAAAACAUGAUGAAGAUCAAUGA